AUGUUGUCCGAGAAGAAGCAAACUCAAAUAGAAGAUACCAACUUUGCACACGAUAUUGAGCGCAAGAGCAGCCCAAGUGUCACCUCCACUCUGGAUGGUGCUGCACAGGCUGACUCUGCGGACAAUAAAUUGAGAGCUAUAGGAGAGCAAGAUCCCUACUAUGUUCAUGAUCUCAUUUGGACAGCUGAAGAGGAGAAGCAACUUGUCCGGAUAUUCGAUCUGAAAAUCCUUUCCUGGAUCGGAGUCAUGUUCUUUUUCCUCCAGUUAGAUCGUGGUAAUAUGUCCAACGCACUCACAGAUAACUUGAUGGUCGAUAUUGGUGUGGAUCUCAACACCAUCACACUCGGUACCGCAAUCUUCGUUCUCUUCUUUUGUUUUUUUGAAAUCCCCUCCAAUAUGAUCAUUCGUCGUGUGGGUCCUCACCGUUGGAUCCCUCUCCUAAUGGUCCUCUGGGGCCUUGCCACAGCCACUCAGAUGUUCAUCAAAGAUCGAGUCUCUUAUUUCAUCACUCGUGCCCUUGUCGGGACUUUCGAAGCGGGUUAUAUCCCUGGCAUUGCCAUCUAUCUGACAACAUAUUAUAAACGUGAAGAAAUGGCUUUAAGGCUAUCAAUCUUUUGGAGCACGCUUGCGAUUGCCAGCUCAUGCGCGGGCAUCUUAUCUUAUUUUAUCUUGCAUAUGCGUGGGAUCGCCGGCUUAGAAGGGUGGAAAUGGUUGUUUUUGAUCGAAGGUGUUGCAACGGUCUUUGUUGGCAUUUUAUCUUUCUUCAUCUUGCCUGAAGGUCCCACAGCUACUAGGGGUUACCUUCGCUUUGCUGGUUAUCUCACAGAACGCCAAGAACUUAUUGCAAUCACUCGGUUGAUUCGUGAUGAUCCAUCCAAGGCGGAUCCUUCAAAAAAGGUUGUCCCCAAAGCCGAUAUCUGGCGUGCAGUCCGUUCUCCCCGUAUCUGGCCCCAUAUAUUGAUCGGAUUCUUUGGUUUACUCCCUUCGGUCCCUCUUCAGGGCUUUGCACCCUUGAUCUUGAAGAUGCUUGGAUUCAGUGCUCUGAAAACCAACCUGAUGGCCAUCCCCGGUUACCUUCUCAGUUUGAUCAUCAUGUCUGCAGUUUCUUAUUCUUCGGACCGAUUUAAGGAACGCGCUUUCCAUGGUGCAUUCGCGACAGUGUAUUAUGCGUGCUGUGUCGCUGGGCUGGCUCUGCUGCCUUUGGGCACAAACAAGAUCAACUUAUAUAUCUGUCUAAUUUUUAGCAUGGGUGGAAGCACAUGCUGGCAUCCAGUUAACGCUGCCUGGAUUGCUGGUAAUACUGCACCGGUGGGUAAGCGCACGAUUGCGCUAGCCAUGUAUAUCAUGUCUGUCAAUCUCACAGCUAUUGUUGGUACGAGCGUCUUCCGUGCCGAGGACGCACCUCGCUUUAUCAAAGGCAUGUGGGUCCUUUUCGGCUCACUUAUCAUCACUAUAUCACUCUUCAUUUUUCAAAGAUACUAUCUUAUUUAUAUUAACAAGAAGCGUGCCAGGACCACUAAGGAUUGGACCACUGACGAUUGGAAACAUUAUAACAAGACCACUAAAGAUGUUGGUGACGAACGCCUGGACUUUGUCUAUUAUUAUUAA